GCGGAGCAGGAACUUUGGGAGGGCCGGCGGGCGCAUGGCGGCGGCGGGUGCUGCGAGUGCCGCGGCCUUGGGCCCUGGCUCGGCCCUCCAGCUGCCCACCUUCGCGACCGCCUGCGCGCUCGUGAAGCCCGGCUCGUGCCUGAGCGUGGGCCCGCACCGGCGGCACGUGGCGCUGGCGCCGCGCUUCCUGGACCGCAAGCGGAGCGGCCUCCGGCAGCAGCUGGACCGGGAGCUGCUGCGCUACUCGGAGAGCCUGCAGGGCGUCCCCGUGGCCUAUGACAACCUGAAGAUCGUGGGGGAGCUGGGGGACAUCUACGACGACCAGGGCCACAUCCACCUCAACGUCGAGGCCGACUUCGUCAUCUUCUGCCCCGAGCGGGGCCAGAAGCUCCUGGGUACAGUCAAUAAGGUUGCUCCCAGCCACCUGGGCUGCUUGGUGCACGGCUGUUUCAAUGCCUCCAUCCCCAAGCCGGAGCACAUGCCCAUGGAGCAGUGGCAGAACCUGCAUUUCAAUGUGGGAGACGAGCUCGAGUUUGAAGUAUCUCGCCUGGACUCAGACGCCGCCGGAGUCUUCUGCAUUCGGGGAACACUCAUCGUCAGCAGCUUGCCGCCCAGGGACCCUGCACUUGCCAGAGGAUCCGGGGACGUCGGCGAUGAGAUGGAGCCUGGAGCAGGGGGAGAGAAGCCAAGGAAGAAGAGCAUGAAGGCCCCAAAGCAGCUCCGUGCAGACUGUGGUCCCACGCCAGUUGCCACGCCUUCAGACGUGGCGGAGGCAGCAGAGACUGGGCCUCCAUCCUACGAGGCUGUAAAUGGGCUGUGUGAGGAGCAGGAGCCCCGGACGAAGAAGAAGUACCGCCCAGAGGAGCUGGAGCAGGACCCUCUGGUGCACGCCAGUGACUCGAGUGGCUACCAGAGUGACCAGCAGAAGAAGAAAAGAAAGAGGAAGAAGCACAGUGAGGAUCCCGAGAGCCCUGCGGCCCCUGAAGAGCCGCGACCUAAGAAGAAGAAGAAGAAGGAGAAGGAGAAGGAGAAGGAGAAGGAGUGAGCCUCCUGGGUGGGAAGAGGCUGGGGAAGGCCAAGGGAAGGGCCACUGGUCUGGAAAGAGAAGAGAUGGUUACACCUGAACGUUUUCAUGUCCUGGAGAGUAAAAGAUGACUCCUGAUAUCGAGGGUCGAAUUCCAGUCUCCGCCCAAAGAUGUGGGUGCUGAGUGUCAUGGCCGGGCUGUUCCCAAGCCGAGGGGCCUCUGAGAAAGGGAGAAUCAGAACGCACGCAGUCAGUGGGAGUCUAGCUGUCCCCACUUCCCUUGAUCAGCACGGCAGAGGCCUGGCUUCUUGGGCCGUGUGGUGGUAGGCUGGCCAAGGGAUCAGGUCUUCCUCCUUGUGAUCUUGAGGAAAUUUAACCAUUCUUCCCAUGAUGACCCACAUUUCUGGGCAAAGUAAUAAUGACAGUUGCUCCCAUUUCUGUGGUGCUUGCCCCAUGCCAGACUCGGGGCAGAGCAUUUAGCUCAUCUGGCCCGCACAACAACCCUGAGAGGGAAACUGAGGCUAAGGGGCUUGUCUAGGCUCAGGCUCACCCAGCUGGUCAGUGUCUGAGGCUGGAUUUGAACUCUUCCUACCUUCUAACCACUGUGCCUCCUGGCUGCUCUAGCUGUGGUCUUCAGGUUAAGUCCUGUAUAAAGAAAACCUGAUGGGCAGAUAGAAUAGGGCAAAACCAGAUGGAUCAUAGGAUUAUUUUUCAUUGUGUUGUUUUAAAACAGGUUUCCAUUUAAAGAAGUUUAAUUUAUAUACAGCUUUUCUAGAGCUUGGAUCAAUUUCUUGUGAAAGCAAGUGUAUGUUCUAAUAGACAAAAGUGCUUUGUUUGGGGGCAAAUCUAUGUAUAUGUAGCUUUAUAAAUCUCAGUAUUACCAAUGUGCCUUUAAAUUGUAUACAUAAUAAAAAGAUAUUUUAUUUAAUUUAGUUUUUUUUUACACUAUAAUUUCAUUUGCAAGUUUAAGUAUGGGGGUUUUUUUUGUUUUUGUUUUUAGUGAGGCAAUUGGGGCUAAGUGACUUUCCCAGGGUCACACAGCUAGUAAGUGUUAAGUGUCUGAGGUCAGAGUCCUCCUGACUCCAGGACUGGCGCUCUAUCCACUGUGCCACCUAGCUGCCCCUUAAGUAUAUUUUUAGUUGUUACUACACAACCAGAUGGUAUUGCUAAAUAAAGGUUAGGAUGCCAUUUGGUAAGAUUUUACACUGGGAUAUUAUUUAGCUUUAUAUCAUCUGAUUUUGUUUAAAGAUUAGUAUCACUUCGAAGAGUUAAUAUGAAAAAUGAGUUCCUGUUCUUGGUCCUCAGCUCCAUGUUCACAAGGUGAGUCCUUCAUGGCUGACGGUUCAUCUUGGUCUGAUGACCCUUUGUGCCUGGGCCUUUUUAGUUUGGACUUUGAAUAGAAAGAAGGAUUAUGGGAUGACAAAGGGCCAGCCUAGCUAUAGUUAUCCAAAGAAGCCUGACUCCCCAGCCGUGGCAGAUGUGAUGUUCAGCUGCACAGGACAUUGGCCUUUCCUUUUUAUAGAGGUCAUACCACAGCCAUGAUGACCAAAAGUCCCUAAACUCUUUUCCAUAUUUCUUCCCUUUCGUUGAGUUCUUUCCUGAUAUAAAUUCAGGAGUCACAUAUGUCUGGUCUGAGGAUCUGGGUUUGACUAACACUUUGCCACUUUAGUAGUUUUGUGACCUUAAUUAGUUUCUCUGCAGAGCCCCUUUACUCAUUUGUAAAAUAAAGGGAUAGAAUGGGUGACCUCUGAGGCCCCAUCCAAACUCUAAAGCUAUGACCCUAAAGUAUUUACUGGUCGUCUGGGCAGUAGUUAUUUUGGCACACUAAGCUGCUUUGGGCUGGUUCUAAGAAGAGUUGGACAGGCAGUGGGUUCAUGAUAAACAUUUUUAUUUGGCAUCAAAGUAGUAUAAGCUGAAAUGUAGAUCACCACCCCCCUGCCAAAGAGGUCAGCAUGUGAGAGGGGGUCAGACGAUUGAAAUUCUCAGUCAGAAAGACUAAAAGAGCAGAAGGAUGGGGGAGACGUGCAUUGUCAAAACCGGUGCUUAAGAUGAACUUGCUGAGUACCUACUGCAAGCUAAGGUCUAGAGAAAUGGAAAUCACAGAAGAAGGGAAGCAUCAAUUAUGUCUCAAUAAAUCUAUGGUAGUUGUUGGUUGUAAACAUAAUUCCUACUGCCUUUUGACUUAGUGAGGAAAAUGUCAUAUUCUUUUUUUCCUGAUUCUUACUAUAUCUGAUGGUUGUGGUUGAACUCAUUAUAGCCUAAUCGUUAAAUAAGCAAAAUAGUUAUUGGAUAUGGUUCUCUUCAGGCAUUUUUGACCUUGGGCAAAUAUAGCUAUGUAACUGUAGUAAGAGACUUUCUGUAUUUAUAAAGUUGUAAUUGUGACAGAUUAAUAGUGAGUAAUAGUAGUAUUCAUGGAAAACUACUUUGGAAUAGCAAAUGAAAGAAGCAAAUUACUAUAGAUCAUAUUUUUCUUAUUUCUAGAAUAUUUCAGCUGGGGCUUCUGCCAACUUCACUGUUUUAGAGUAAACGAAUUACCACUGUGAUCAAAAUGAACAAUAUACCCUAUAGAACUUGUGACAAAAGGUUUGUUUGCACUCUGCCAUCACCCUAAAGCAAGAUAAAUUUGAAAAUAUUGGGUUCUGGCUUUCCUGAAAGCUGGGACGGUAUUUCCUUUAAUCCUAAAUAGGGUCUUUUUGUAGUCCAUGUAUACAUUAGGAAGACUUGUCCAAAAAGGGUAAUAGCAGGACAGACCUACACAAGCAAGAAUGACCAAGGAAAGCCAACCAUCCAAUCAUGACCUCAGAUGUCUAUACAAAUAGACAAACGGGGUAAUGAGGGCAACUGGAGAUUGAAACACAGAUUUUCAUUGCGAUUUCAUUGACGUGGGUAUUCUCUCCAGUGAUGCAGAGGGUAGUCAGUCCAUGUGUAAAAAAAGUUAAUUAUUCGCUAAUCUAAUCUUGAAAAAUUAUAUAAUUAGAUUUAUGAAAAAUUAUAAGUAUAUGAAAAAUGAUAAGUUUAGAAAAAUUAAAAUUGGGCCAUAAGU